UGUAAAAUUCUUUCUAUUAACUAGUUAACGAAGCAUUUGCAACGUUAAUAGAUCACAUCCUUUAAAAAAAAAAGUGAAGUAUUGUGCACCUACCUGCACCUACCAAACCAUGUGGAGCAUGUUGGCUGUGUAGAUAUAUAUGUACCUGCAUAUAUGGAGAAAGUCGGUGGAAAUAUGACUGUAAAGAUGAAAGGCGAUGGAAAUAUGGUCGUGAAGAGGAAAGGUGGUGGAAGUAUAAUUGAUCAACGCCCACUGUUUUCUAGCGAUGGAGAAACUCUGUACAUAGUGUGGAAGAAUGUCAUAAGGGUAUACAGUACGCAAACGGGAGACUUUGUACGAGAGUUUGAACCCUUGGAUUACAGAAUUGCCGGAGUAAUACCGCAUCCAGAUAACGUCAGCGUUAUUAUUGGUUGUACUGAAAACGGCGAAUUGUAUUUCUGGAAUUGCCAAAGUGGAAUAAUUACUAAGAAAUUACAAUUAAAAUUUCUAGCAAAUGACAAAGCAAAAAUUAAAACCUUUCACAUUGUAAAACACAGAACAGCUCAGGGAAACGAAAUAUGUCAAACGUUAAUAACUCAUCUCUCUGAUUGUGGAAAUAAAAUAUAUGUACUUUUAUUUGAUAUAGAAACUGGAACAUUUAUAAAAUCAAUAUAUAUCUGGACCAAGUCACAAGAGUAUUAUACUGAUAUAAUUGGGAAUUAUGGAGAGAAUUUAAUAGCACUUGUACAUGAUACAGAUUUACAUAUAUUAAAUCCAGCUAGAAAUUUAGUUGAUACAAUGCACAAGACUGGUAAAACUGGUAGAGUACCUACUUGCAUAGCGGGACAUCCAGAAGAAGAAUGUGUUGCUACCGGAGAUUCUACAGGUCGUGUAUUAGUAUGGAGAAAUUUAUUCCAGACUAGACCAUAUACAGCUAUUUUUCACUGGCAUACAUUACCGGUUACAGAAAUAGUGUUUAGCAAGUCAGGUGGCCAUAUGUAUACAGGUGGUGGUGAAUGUGUAUUAGUAAAAUGGACUUUAGCAAAUCCCCAACAUAAUUCAUUCCUUCCACGAUUACCGGCGCCUAUUAAACAUCUUACUAUUGCACCAGAUAAUUUAUAUGUUGCUGUAUCGACUUUAGAUAAUGGUAUUGUUAUUGUAAAUCCUCAAAGAAAAUUAACAUCAGUGAUACAAAACUUUACGUGGGGUGUUGCUUCGUCCAAAGAUCUAUUUCCUGCGGGGCUUAUCGUUGACCCAAGAACAGGUAGUCUUGUUCUAAAUAGUCGUACUGGACAUGUACAAUUUUAUAACAUUCAUACAAAGAAUCUGUUGUACAAUAUUAAUAUAACUGCUCAAAAUUUUUUGACUCAAGAACGUGAUGUAAUUAUUGUAAAUACAGAAGUUACAAAAAUAGCUCUAAAUCAUGAUGGUACAUGGAUGGCAACAGUUGAAGAACGAAAUGAUAAAAUUUCAUCUAUAGAAGUUAGAUUAAAAUUCUGGUUCUACGAUUUGAAAAAGCAAAUAUUUAUAUUAAAUACAUCCAUUGAAUUACCUCAUGAAAAUGGAAUAAAUGCAUUACAUUUUCAACCAGAUACGACAUUUGACGAUGGAGAUUGGUUAGCUAUUACCACUGGGAGAGAUAAUAAAUUUAAAUUAUGGAAUUUGAGAAAAUCGUCCAUUGUAGAAAAUAAAGAGACAAAACACUGGUAUUGUUACGGAGUUGGAGACUAUCGCAAUUUAGCUGCUACAGAUGCGGGUUUUUCAGUUGAUGGUUCAUUAUUAGCUGUUGGUUUUAAUUCUACCUUAACUUUAUGGCUGCCCGAAGCUUGCGAAUUAAAAUCAAGUCUUACACAUUCUCAGUAUAAUGAACCAAUAUCACGAAUAGAAUUCGGCAAACACGAGGCCUGUCAUCUUGUUGUGGUUGUGUCUCAGCAGCACAUAACAGUUUGGAAUAUUUUAACUCUUGCUAUAACAUGGAGUGUACCCUUGAACGUCGUGAGUCUUACAUGCGACUUAAAAUCUACAUACAUGGCAGCAUUUACAUCUGACAAUUCAUUAUAUGUGUUUACACCACAAAGUGCAACACUCAUUUAUAAGAAAACGUGCCUUAUUGAAAGUACCAGUUCUAUAUUAGCGGCUAAUUUUGUACCUCAUCUACAGGAAAAACGUAAUCCUUCUUUUGGCCAAUGGCAACGAAAAUCACAAUUAUUCUUUUUGGAUUCAAAUCAGGAAUUGCUCACAUUGGAGCCAGAAUCUGAAGCGAAUGUUUCUUUAGAGAUUAUUUCAGACAAAGGAACUAUGCCAUUGACCGCCUUCUCCAACUUUAUCGCGACUCAAACGUCUUCGAGCAAAGAGCCAACUGUCGCGCAAGUUCAUGAACAUCUUGGCAUACCAGCAAAAGGAAUGAUACAAGAAUUACUUAGCGUUCCAGCUCAUACUUUGCCACCGAUGAGACUGCUGUGCACGUCAUUUAUUUUGUCGCUGGCAGGACAACAACCGUUAAAAAAUCAGAAUUCCAGAAAUGCCGAAAAUUCUAGAGAUAGCGAUGACGAUGGUCAGGACAAUGCUUCAGAUGUAAGUGAUAUCGAAGUAUUACCGCCGAAACCUGUGGUCACGUCAACGAAUGAGAAAGAAGAUAUGGAUGAAGAUACAAAUGCACAACUUACCAGUCACGACUGGUCUUUCCUAUCUGCUAUAUUUCCCGAUCAAGCUAACAUUCUUUGAUUCGUAUCAAAAUUAUUGUGAACUAUGAUGGUAAGAUAAUAAAAUUAUCGAUUGAACAAUA